AUGACAGUCAAAGUUGGAAUCAAUGGCUUCGGUCGCAUCGGACGUAUUGUACUCCGCAAUGCUAUCGCUCACGCCCCUUCAUUGAUCUCGAAUACAUGGCGAGUUUACAUGUUCAAAUACGACUCAACUCACGGGCGAUUCAAGGGCAAUGUCGAAGUCAAAGAUGGAUCCCUCAUCAUCGAGGGAAACAAGUCGCCCAUCAAGAUCUUCAGCGAGCGCGAUCCCACAAAUAUUAAAUGGGACACCACUGGGACCGAGUACGUUGUCGAGUCGACGGGUGUCUUCACUACCGUGGAGAAAGCUUCUGCACACAUCAAGGAGAACCCAGGUGUUAAGAAAGUGGUUAUUUCCGCCCCUUCUGCAGACGCGCCUAUGUAUGUUGUUGGCGUGAACUUGGAUUCUUACGAACCCAAGGGAUCCAAAGUCAUCUCUAACGCAUCCUGCACGACCAACUGCCUGGCUCCCCUUGCCAAGGUCAUUCACGAUGAAUUUGGUAUCGUUGAGGGUUUGAUGACUACGGUGCACGCCACAACUGCUACGCAGAAGACCGUGGACGGACCGUCUGCUAAGGACUGGCGUGGCGGACGCGGUGCUAGUGCUAACAUUAUUCCUUCGUCCACCGGUGCUGCCAAGGCGGUCGGCAAAGUCAUACCAUCGCUGAAUGGCAAACUCACUGGCCUCGCCUUCCGUGUACCUACUUCGGACGUGUCUGUUGUUGACCUGGUGGCCCGACUUGAGAAACCGGCCUCCUACGACGACAUCAAGGCUGCAAUCAAGAAGGCUUCUGAGAACAAACUGAAGGGCAUCCUUGGCUACACAGAGGAUGAUGUCGUGUCCACCGACUUCGUUGGCGAUGAACACUCUUCUAUCUUCGACGCCAAGGCCGGUAUCAGCCUGAACAAGAACUUUAUCAAGCUUGUUGCCUGGUAUGACAACGAAUGGGGUUACUCCCGUCGCGUUGUUGACCUGAUCGCCUAUAUCUCCAAGAAGGACGCAGAAGCCGCCUGA